ACAAUAAUUUAUAAAACAAGUAAACUCCAAACUUCCGUGGAACUUACUGUCCAACAAUCGCUGCUCGCGUUCGUCAGUGCGAUCGCACCGACCGAGUUACCCUGUUCGGAAUUCACUACCACACAGGCAAAACGCUCCACACACAUCACAGCAAACGGAAUUGCACAAUCUUCGUCUGGUGCGUGAUUGCACUUCCCCUUCCACAACGGCACGGUGCACGGUCCGGUAUUGUUUGUGGCCCGUGCCCAUACCGGUCGGUCUGUAACCAUGCCACAGUGGAGGGGAGCGCUUCGGGAAAAACCAACCCUCGGUGAAAUAAGGGGAAAUCAACGAGCAGAAGUGCAUUUCGAGCAAUUUCGCUUUCGCACCGUCAGGGGGUAAGCGCACUCACGAGAGCGAGAGUGCGUCCAAUUGGAUGUUGGUGUAGGUUUUGCCGUUUUGCUGUGUGAUGUUGGGCGCUCGUUUUUUUUGUGUUUGUCUUCCUACCACCCAAAAGCGUGCGAGUGCUCUCGGUUCGGUGUAUUGGUGGUGGUGGUGCGCGCUUUAGUACGCUUCGUCGUGCUGCGUUCGAGUUCGAGUCGUAUUUUAGGGGUAGGUACUCCGCUGUCGUUAAGGGGGUUGCACCGGUAGGGAAGAAGCAGAAAAGCGUAGAGGAAGGUCGGAACCGUCGAAGUGCUUUGAAUUUUUCGGAUCGGAAUGGAACCCACGUUCAUUUCAAUUCAAGAACGGGUCGCGUGAGUACGCGUUUUGUUUUAUCGUUCCCGUCGACGUCGCCGUUCGUCGUCGUCGCGUACGCUGUCACCGCGCGUAGCCGUUUGUUGCGUCGAAGUGAGCAAACGUUUUGCAAAAGGUGCCCGCUGCACUUGCUCCACACAACACACACGACAGCCGAGUGGGAUAAGUGCGAAAGCCAGAAGCCAGAACCAAACCGCCCGUGUUUAUCAAAGUCCCGUGCAAUGGAGUGGAUUUUUCGCUUCUGUUAGUGAGGUUAUCGGAAAAUUUGUAGUUUGCAAAAACAUAACCACUCCAAGCCUCGACAAAACGGUGCGCCAUACUUUGUGAAAAAAAAAAAAUAAAGAGAGAGAAAAAUAAAACAAAAAGUUCGCCAAACUCCAGUGCCGCAAGAAACGUAAAAUACAAGCACAUAAAUACAUACACACACGAAGCUUAAAACAAGUAAAAGUAAAACGCCCGGUAAACGGUAAGCCGUGGAAAAAAGACCACUAAACCACGCUGGGAAAUUCUAAUUCGUACACGACAGCAGUUCCGGGAGAGGAAAUUGAGUGUUUUAGUUGCUUGGGGGUUUUUGUUUUCUCGGUUGUCGGUUGUUUGCUUUCCCGGUUCCCGUUCGUACGCACACUACGAACAGGCGCGCACUGGUGAAAAAUUCCUCCGUAUCCGUUGUUUAGUGCUGCAAAGUUCGCGGGUGGAAAAAGCCGGCAAAUCUUUUUACUUUCCUCCCAAAAAAAAAUUUCCCGGCACAUCGACCAAACUAGUGCCGCCCAGCUGUUCGUCGUGACCGUGAAGACACACGGUGUGCAGGGUGGUUGUGCAAAAGUGAGAGUGAAAAUUUGUGGCCAACAGUGUGUGUUGCCUGGUUUGGUUGCGCUUCUUUCAUGUGUGCCGUGCGUUUUGCGAAUGUUCUAACUCGCGUUUGCUAGAAAACCCAGGCGGCAAAGACCUUCGUACGCUGUACGUGAGCAGGCCCCAAACACCGAGAUGAUGAUGGUGUGAAUGCAACAACGGUAAAGAUCAAUCGAAUCAGCUUCUGUGUAAAACCAAGUGACCCAAGUGUGGGCACGGCGAAGCUUCGGUCAGCCCACGGUGAUGUAGAUCGUCCGUACCAUUCUUACCACCUGAAACAAACUCAACUACCUCACAAGAACACAGCAACAACCACACACAUCAAAUAGUGCAAAUUUAGUGCAAAUUGUAUAGUGAAAGCAUUCAUUAAAAAGAAAACAUUUAGCUGAGUUUCGUUACAUUACAUAGUUGUGAAAAGAGUCUAUCGUUACUAGAAUUAUUGUGUCAAAGAGUUCUGCUGCUAGCGCAUUUAUUGUUCGACCACAAGAGCGAAGCGAGUUUUGGUGGAGAACCAUGCACCAUCACACCGUAGGUGAAACUCCAUUCCCGUGCAAGCUGGCUGUCGAAAUGAUGGAGCCCACUACCCCAGAGUGUGGUCGUCUUGUCGGGAUCUCUAAUUGAGAGGAGUCGCCAGGCAAACAAUCUCCUGUACAAAGCAAGUGACAGUAGCGUAGUGACAGUCAGAUGGGCGUGAGCUGUUAGUAAACAUGUGUAACGAUCACACUAGAGAGAUCGCCUAGAAUGGAUUGAACAGUAGAUCGAAACAUGGUGUGUUAGUUUGUGACAGUUCUUUCGGUUCUUUCUGUUUUCGCAAAUAUAUAUAUUGUUUAUCGGCCAUUUGUUUCAUAUCUAUGUAUCGGGUUUUGCGUGUGCGCGUGUUAGUGUUUGCGAUGCAGAUAGCUCGAAUUGUUUAGAUGUUACGGAAGCGAAAGGUUCUUCCCGGUGCGAAGCAACCCCAUGGGUACGUCCCCGAAAGUGUAGAAAAUGGUGGACAGUUGUUAGUUUGGAAUUUGGCGUUGAACUUGUAGUGCAAAUGUUUAGUGAAGAUAGUACAUUGUGUUGCUCCUGUUGUUCAGUGUGUCAUAGUAGAGUACAUCAGCAGACUUAGAAAGAAUCCCACUGCGAAGGUGGAUCAAAUAUAGAAAAAUUAAUUAUACUUAAUCCCGAACCCCCAUACAUAUACAAACACACACUCUCACUCACAAUUAUAAAGACGGCUUAAACGAUGAUGAUGUUACAGCAUCUACCGCCGUCUCAUACGUUCGUCGGCAGUUCGGCCGGUUCGACGACGAGUGCCACAGCAUCUCCAUCACCUCCGGCACCUUCAGACACACCGACACCUCCACCGCCUGCCUCUAACGCGUCCAAUGUGUCCUCACCGUCCUCACCUGUUAUCGAUGCGGAACAACCCGACAGCAGGGCCACUCCGGAACAGUCGCGAAUUAUCAUACGCCAUCAUCAACCGCGACCGGGAACUCCCCGUUCUCAAACACCUCCGGCACGGGAGCGAUCCGCCAGCAUGUCGGACGAACAUCGGGAAGAUGUUGGAGAAAAUUUAGCCACAUCACACUCACCACGACCGACGAGAACUUCUCUCGAUUACUCGCAGGUCUCACAGGCGUCUCGUAGCAGAUCCCGGUCAAGAUCCCGGUCUAGGUCCGCAUCGCCCAGAUCUGCUACAGGUUCUCCGGCACCACGAUCGGAACGAUAUAAGUCGGUUGAACGGUCCAAAACACCGCCACCCGCACAGACAGUGCAGCCAGCGGAGCGUGUCAACGUCAUCCGCUACAUCAAGGAAGAACGUCCCAGUUCCAUCGUACGGCGCAGCUCCGUAGCCGAAGAGAUGGACACCGAACGGCGUCAGUCACAUUUGGACACGCAGACGACCGACGAGACCCGGCCGGAGUUGCAUCGCCGUCGGCACUACAGUGCUGAGACGGGCAACGAGGCGGAUGACGAUGAAGAGGACGAACCUCGUUCCGGUGACUACUACGCAGCCGCCACUAGACGCUCCAGCCCGUAUCGACCGUAUGCGUUGCAGCGAACGAUUUCCGAGCAACCCGCCGCCAUGCCGUACGCGCACCAGCGACUCUACCACAAGUCUGUCAGCGGCCAUGUUCGAUCGGGUCGCGAUUCUAGCAGUCCUCGGCGCAUGAUCACCGAUCAAGAUGAUUCCGACUACAGUGAACGUAGCCACGGCAGUGUGGUGGUACGUUCCGGUGAAGAACCUCACGGUACGGAUGUGAUCCGGACGGCACCCGAAGAGACGGAGCGUUCCGCCGAGCGGUUAAGGUUGGCCCGACCGGAUCGGUACACCAUCCUGCCCAGGACGGGUGCAUCGUACGAGGAGGAAGCGGAAGGCGACGCCGAAGAAGAGGAAGAUGAUGAGGAAGACGAAGAGCUGGAGGAGGAAGAUCUGGACGCUCCGCUGGAUCUGUCGAUGAAGAUCAAGCGCCGUCCGCGAAGUGGCUCCGUGACGGAAGAUUCGGACGAUUCGGCUGCCGAACAUCAUAGCCGUGGUCCCGAGAGUGCCGCGUACAAGAAGAGUCUAAUGAAACGAUACCUGGACACCGAGAUACCGAUCCUGCCGCAGUCGCCGAGUCCUCCACCGCAGCAACGGUCGUCCCUGGCCGGUGGACAGUCGCAGCAAACGGCCAGCCUGCUCGCCAGCACGUUACAACCGUCCCAGCAACACAGGCCCCUGCUUCAUGGGCUCCUGAGCGGUACGCACAUACCGCAGGGACCGUACCAUCGUGGCUACAGCACGUCCAGCACAGGUUCACUACCUCCGAGUCCCGCCGACAGUGGAGUGUCCGAUGUGGAUAGCUCCAGCAGCGGAGGCCAACCGGCCUGCAGUGACGAGCUAAAGGCUCGCCUUGGCAUUCCGACCAGCAGUACCGGACCGGUCAGCAACACCGGCCAACCGUCACAUCCGCACCAGCAGCAGCAGCAACAGCAACACCAGCAGCAGCAGCAGGCGUCCCAGCAACAGCAACAUCACCAGCAACAUCACCAACAACCACCGCCCCAACAUCAGCAUCCCCAGAGCCAACCGCUCGCGGUGCAUCCGAAUGGGGGGACCGGUUCACCGAACGGGGGCACCACGUCCCUUUCGUCCUCGUCCGCUCUCUCGCAGGUGGCGGCAGCUGCCGUUGCUGCGGCCGCUACCCAACAGCACCUACAGCAGCAGGCCGCCCAUCUACAGUCGGGAACGUUUCUGCGGCCAAACUUCUACCAUCACAACUCGCCGCCCCUACGCAACAUUUGGAACCAGCGGAGUGUACCACUGUCUGACAACUAUCACUACCUGCAUUCGAUGAACUCCCCCAAUGGCUACCCAUCUGCAGCGGCCGCAGCUGCCGCAGCAGCCGCAAACCACUUCGUUUCCGGCGGUGCUACAAACGGAACUGCCAGCAAUGGUUCUUCUGCCGGGGCAUUAGGUCGUGGCACGGGUGCAGGUACUGCCGGGCAGCUACCAGGCAAUGGAGCGAUGAGUCAACACGGACAUCUUGGAUCACAUCAUGCUAGCACUGCUGCUCACCACCACGGACAUCUUGGUCAGCAGCAUCUCGGACAUCACCCACACGCCGGCACUGGACAUGUCGGUAGUGGUGCAAACUCAGCCGCUGCAGCUGCUGCUGCACUGAUGGCGAACGGGAUCGUUAAUGGGCUGGGACAUCAUGGUCAGCAUGGACCACACAACGUCUCCUCCAGCUGUCCGGACGAUCUGUCCUACAUGCUGGAGCUAGGAUUCCAACCUCGAAAGCUGAAGAAGCCGAAAAAACCGAAGCUAGAGAUGGGCGUAAAGCGAAAGUCCCGCGAAGGAUCCACCACAUACCUGUGGGAGUUCUUGCUGAAGUUGCUGCAGGAUCGUGAGUACUGUCCACGGUUCAUUAAGUGGACCAACCGGGACAAGGGUGUGUUCAAGCUGGUCGACUCGAAGGCGGUCUCGAAGCUGUGGGGCAUGCACAAGAACAAGCCGGACAUGAACUACGAAACGAUGGGCCGUGCGUUGCGGUAUUACUACCAGCGGGGCAUACUGGCGAAGGUGGACGGACAGCGGCUGGUGUAUCAGUUCGUGGACGUACCGAAGGAUAUCGUCGAGAUUGACUGUACCGGUGCCUGAAGUCCGCGACGGGGUCGUACCCGGUGCGGGUUGCGACCCUCGGACGGAACACCGUCCGGCCAACAACACCAACAACAACAACCACAAAUCCUACGCUAGUCCGGUUUCUUCCAGAACACAGAGAGAGAGAUAUAUAGAGAAAGCGAGAGCUUGACAGAAGCGAUUGGUGCUGUGGUAUCUCUCGUAUAUGUUUCUCGCUGUCAACUCACCAGAAUAGCUGUGCGGAGUCUCGGCGGAGUUUUGGUCUGGCUGUCCCUAUCCUUCUGAACUCCCUCGUUUUGUACAAUUGGAUCGUUUUACCACUUUGAUAUUUAUUCGUCCUUUCUUUAAGUUUUUUUAUUUGUUUGUUAAACGCUAGUGUUAGCUAUGGCUCCAUCGCCACACGGAUGGGGAGUGUAUAUGUUAAACUUUUACAGAAAAGAACGCACGCCAUGAUGAAUUGUGGUUUCCUUUUUACGUGUGUGUGGAGAUGUGUCCCGUUGAAGCAAAUGCCUUAUAAGGGUGUGAAAUUGAUUCUUUUUUUUACGACAAAUUCAUACAAAACAUAUUUUAAAUAAUACAGUAAAAAAGACAAUAACACAUGCAGAUAACACAGAAAAACUUAAAGCAACACAAGCAAUUAGUACAAUUGAACAAACAAACAGAUGCUCCGAUAAUUACUAUUACUAAAAUGCAACUACAUCAACAUGGCACGACACACACUCACACAAAAUGGCAAUACGUAGAAUUGAAAGCUAAGAGUACAAAAAAGAAGAAGAAAGGAAACAAACACACACACACAAACAUAUACAUAAAGCAGCAAAGAUAUGUUGCUGGCAAUAGUGAAAUAGUGUUAGAAAUUAUUCUCCUCUCCCAUUCACGCCCACGGAUAAAAAUAGUUAAGUAACCACCAUCGGAUGUAUGCUCACACAAGGUUAUUAAAACGAAACAAAAACAGGGAAAGCAAAUCCAGCUACCUACUUUGGAAGUUAAACCUUGAUCAGUUUUGAACAUUUGCGAGUUAGUUUACUGUUCGUUUUGUUUUAGUUUUUGCUCUUUAUUUUACUUUUAUCCCAUCAAAUAACCCGUGUGAGAGUGUUUGUAGGUGUGCGCGUGCGUGUUUUGUCUUAAGGAGCAGAAAGUUCUCAUUGUAAUUAUGGUUUUUUUUUUGUAAGAUAGUUAGCCUUAAGUCGAUUUAGCUUGUUAAGAAAGGUGCGCGAAGAAGGCUAGAAAGGGCGCGCGAACACUUUUCGUGUACACUUGUGUUGAUAUAGGCGCAUAGGGAACGAUCUUCGUCCUGGUGUUAGUGGAGACGAAGUUUGGUGUACAUUUCUUUUUAUUACAAAACCUAUUUUUAAAGCCGCUUAGCAAGUUCGUUUAUUAGGACGAGUUGUAAAAACUGUGUAAAGAUGGAGGAAAAGUUGUAUUUUAUUAUAUUAGGUUAGAUCACGCUCACCGGCAAGUUCCGUUCACACAGAGCCUUCUAUUUUUAAUACUUUUAUUUGGAUCUACUACUGCUACUAUCGUUAGUGUUCGCGGUUGGUGAACGUGCGGCUUAUGGUCGCAGUUUUAUUUUACCUUUUAACUGCUUCACUUGUGAAGGCUCGGAGCUGCCUACUACUUUUAAAUCAUUACUUUAAACAAACAAAGCAAUCUGGAAGGAGUUUACGUUUGUGGACAAAUCUGUGAAACUGAGCUGUCCUUCUUCAACCACUGUCAUAGCUUUCCACUGCCUUUUUCCGUGUGAAUUGGAAUUGCUUGCUGUGUCACAUUUGUACCACUACAAUCGAACUCACGACCAUUGUGUGAAUGAGAGGGGUAGUAACGAUACUACUAAAGCUACUACUACCCAUCCAAACGAGAGCACUAUACUCACCGCAAAACAGAUGGCAAGAUAAAAAAGGAAGCGAGGAAAAAGAAAGAAAGAGAUAUAGAAAGAGAGUAGCAGAAGCAGAAGAAAACCGACCGAUAGGAAAACUAACCGUUCCAUGUGGUUUUCUUUCGCUGUUGUGUUUAUUAUUUUCAAUUCGGUUGUUUUAUUACGUUUUAUUAUUGAGUUCUUUAUAUGUUUUUCUUUUCGUCAAGUUUUUUUUUCGCUUUUUUGUGUUGUGUUGUUAGAAUCUUGAUCUCAUUAAUUUAUUCAUCUGCUUUCUUUGCCUCCGGAAGAGUAUUUGUCACGUUCGUGCGUAUGCGUAUCUUUUUUUUUUGCUGCGUGUGUGUGAGUGUACAUCAGAUAAGAAACAACGAGGGGAAAAAAACAAUCAAAAAAAACUUCUAUUUGUACUUUUGUUUUAGUUAUGUUGUACGGAUAAAGUGACACCACCGUUUUACAUUGCGCCGACCGAGCAUGAAGCUAAAAUUAUGAACAAACCAUUUUAAGUUCUAAGAACCAGCAUAUCAAAACACAAAA